AUGCCAUCUUCUCUGAGUCUGACGUCUUCCUUCCAAUCUUCUGAUCUUCCAAUGAGGUUAUCGAAGGUCCUUGUGUUCUUAGCGCUGGUUACCGUUCUCCACGAAUCCACGCAAUCCAGGUGCCGCCUAGAGAAGCAGAAUAUUGAGUCCUUCUGGAAGGACGGGGACGUCGUCAUCGGGGUCAUCACAUUGAUCCAUUCCACCAUUUAUCAGCCGCAUGUGACCUAUCAGGAGAAACCACGAGCUGCAUCUUGUGAAGAGUAUUAUCGGGAUGUGCUGGCCGUAAUAUUCGCCAUCGAGGAGAUCAAUCAGAACAGGAACCUCCUGCCAAACCUGACUUUGGGUUUUGAUAUAUUUGACUCGUGUGUGUCGGAGGCGAGAGCCAUUCAGGCCACCAUGAUGUUGCUGUGGGAGAAGAAGGACUUGGUCUCUGAUGGUCUCGGAGGCUGGAAGCUUCCAUUCCUAGCCGGUAUUGUUGGAGAUUCGAUGUCAACUUUAUCCAUCCCGAUUGCCAGGAUAGCGGGUCUGUGCAAUUACCCUCAGGUUAGUUUUGGUGCUUUUGAUCCAGAUUUGGGUGACAGGAUUCAGUUCCCCUCCUUCCUCCGCACGGUGCCCAACGAGAAAAUCCAGAACAAAGCCAUUUCUCAGCUGCUAAAACAUCUGGAGUGGACCUGGGUUGGGAUCCUGACCAGAGACGACGACUUGGGGGUUCUAGACGGACAAAACCUGAAAGACGAGAUUCGCCUGAACCACGGCUGCGUGGCCUUCCUGGAGAAAAUCCAUUACCGUUACGCCCCUCAAAAAAUCAAAAAAAUCCUGGAGGUCGUUAUGAAUUCCACCGCGGUCGCCGUCGUUGUGUACUGCGAGGAGAUGCACGUCAAGCCCCUCCUGGACAUGAUGUCAGAGAGCGGGAAAAAGGGCAAAAUCUGGAUCUACACCUUGUGCUUUACAUUCAUUCCGGGAAUGUUUUCGGAAAGCCACGCCCGAUUGCUGAACGGUUCCAUCGGUCUGGUUCUACACAGUGAGCCCAUGCCUCAGUUCGGCCGAUAUCUCCGCCAUCUUCAUCCAUCCAGAUACACAGGCGACAUCUUUAUGAAGCAUUUUUGGGAAAUUGUCUUUGAUUGCCAAUGGCGUGCCGAUGGAAAUGGCGCGAAUGAUAGCGACAGUAUUAAACUUUGUACAGGGGAGGAGAGAUUGGGUGAGGUGGACUUCCUUUUUGAACUGACCGAUCUGAGUUAUACCUUCCAGGCCUACAUCGCGGUCUACGCCUUUGCUCACGCUCUUCAUAACCUCUUACAUUGUACAAAUCAGACUUUGACUUCUGGGAGCUGCAACCAGGAAAAUCUUCUGCCCUGGAAGGUCUUCAGACAACUGAAGAAAGUCUUCUUCAGGACCCAGUCCGGGGAUGACGUGUUCUUCAAUGAGAUUGGAGAAGUUCCGGCAAUGUUCGAUAUCAUGAAUCUGCAGAUCUUCCCCAAUGACGAGUACAGAUUGGUCAAAGUGGGUCGAUAUGAUUCCCGAGAACCUCAAGAUAAACAGAUCUCUCUACACACCGGCUCUGUGAUAUGGAACCCGGAAUACACACAGGUGCCGCAGUCGGUGUGCAGUGAGAUGUGUGCGCCGGGAUAUAGAAAGGUGUCGGUCAAAGAUCGGCCGAUCUGCUGUUUCCAGUGUGUCCCGUGUUCCCUCGGAGAGAUCGCCAAUGAAACAGAUGCGACAGUUUGUACGAAGUGUCCUGAUGACCAAUGGCCCAGUGAGCAGCAGGACAGUUGUCUCCUGAAGAUGAUCCAGUUCUUAUCCUACGGGGAUACGAUGGGCGUCUCUUUGGCCGCAGUCUCUGUUACCUUCUCAAUGACUGGCCUCUCAGUGUUGUGUAUAUUCCGGAAGUUCUCCGAGACUCCGGUGGUCAAAGCCAACAACAGAAACCUCAGUUACGUCAUCCUUGUAGGCCUCAUUGUGUGCUUCCUGUCCACCUUCUUAUUCAUUGGCUACCCUUCCCCCAUCAUCUGCUAUAUUCGGCAGGUUAUUUUCGGGAUAAACUUCUCUGUGGUUGUCUCCGGCAUGUUGGCCAAGACCAUAACUGUGAUUCUAAUUUUCCAGUCCACCAAGCCUGGCUCAAUGGGCAAACGUUUGGACUCCAGAAUCUCCAACGUCGUCGUAUGCUUCUGCCCGCUUUUUCAAGUGGCCAUCUGUGUGGUUUGGCUCGGGACAUCCCCCCCGUACCCGGAAUUAAACGUGACUUCCAAAGCAGACGCCAUCAUCGCAGAAUGCAACGAGGGCUCCAACUUCUUCUUUUACGGCAUGUUGGGUUAUAUGGGCUUUUUAGCCACCAUAAGUUUCCUAGUGGCCUUUCUGUCUAGGAAGCUCCCGGACAGUUUCAAUGAAGGGCAAUAUAUCACUUUUAGUAUGUUUGCAUUUCUUAGUGUCUGGGUGUGUUUUAUUCCGGCUUACCUGAGCUCAGAGGGGGAGGACAUGGUCAUUGUGGAAGUCUUUGCCAUACUGGCCUCCAGUGCCAGCUUGUUGGCUUGUCUUUUUUUCCCCAAGUGCUACAUUAUCUUGUUCCGUCCUGAAAUGAACACCAAGCAGUAUGUACGGGGAAAGCAGUAACCCUGGACCC